CCUCCCGCGUGGCAGGCGGCAGCAGCAGGAGCCAAGGCGCCCCGACAAGCUGGCGAUGGUGGCCGCCACGCGCGCGGCGGCGGAGCACGCUACCGAGCGGCGCCUGGAGCACGCCGGCGUGCCCGUCGCCUUUGACGCGUCGGCGCUCGAUGUCGACGUCGGGGCCCUGAAGCGCAUCUUCGCGGAGCACUUUGCCGACAACACCCGGCCUGGACAAGGGCUGCCACCUCUCCUCCUUUUUGACGUGCUCCUCGCCCUCCUUCGCGGAGUCGCAAACGGUGGCUCUCAACUGCCCAGGCGCACGUUCUGGGCCCAGUUUCUGACGCCCCCGCCGUCACAGGUGCUGCGCGCGCUGCGGCCGCUCAUCGAGAAGGUCGGGCUCGAGUCGGACUUGGAGACCCUCUUCGAGCGCGAUGGCGAGACGGGCGUGGACCUCCUCCUCGAGGAGGGGGGCGCGGCGCCGAAGCUCUCCCCGCACCACGACCACCUGGAGCGGCCGGGCGUCGCCGCAACGCUGCUCUUCACCCUGCAGGCGGGCGCGGUGCCGAUGCUCACCGGCUUCAUCCCCUUUGGCGGGCAGGGCAGCAGCCUCGCUCCCCCAGGCUCCGGCCACCGCGCGUGCAUCGGCCAGCACGCCGCCGGCUCGGCACUGAUCUUCCGCCGCCUCGUCAACGGCAUCUACCAGCACUACGUCGAGGGCGCCGCGCCCAAGGUGCUCAAGCAGGUCGGCGGCCUGCUGCGCGCGCGCGGUGAGGCGGUCAUGCCGCGCGACGUGGUGGCGCUCUGGCUGCCCGAUGCCGGCGCGGCCGCCGACCCCGACAUCGGCCGGUCGGGAUCAUUCGCCGCGGGGUGCGACGCGCCCGCGAUGGCGGAGCGGGAGCACCGGCUGAUGCUCCCGCUGGCGGAGCGGCUCAAGGCGGAGGGCACGGCGACUUACGAGCGCUUGCGCGCGAGGCCCUGCCAGCCCUGA